UGAUGACUUCUUAAAGUCCUCAUGUCCCAAACCCUCCUGCGUUCCAGCUUUCCCGGCAGGUUAUUAUAUUCACAAAUCUGAUCCAUUAACAAAAUGCCUUCGAAUCCAGAGUGGGUCAAGAAGCUGGUUCCGGCCGAGCCGCAGGGGGCCAGCCUCCUUGUCAAGGAACGCGAGGGAAGCAACCUCAACGUUGAUCAGCUGGCCGAUUAUAUGUUCACCAAGGAAACUCUUGAGUUGAGAGAGCGUAUACUCAAGAUUCUUGUUGCUGACCCCGUUUUUGACAAGUCGCAAAAUUACUUCCAGGGUCGCGAGGAUCGCAUCAAGGCAUCCCUUGCAAAGGCCAAGCGAUUGCGCCAGUUGACUAUCAAGCACAAAUGGAGUCAGGACGAGCACUACUGUGCCAACGAGCUCUUGAGUGAGCCAACUCCCUAUGGGCUUCAUGCUAGCAUGUUUCUUGUCACGCUUCGUGAGCAGGGUACCCCCGAGCAGCACAAGCUUUUCCUGGAGAAGGCUGAGGACUACAAAAUUAUCGGGUGCUACGCCCAGACAGAGCUUGGACAUGGCUCCAAUGUUAGGGGAUUAGAGACUACUGCUACUUGGAACCAAAACGACAAGACCUUCACCCUGCACUCGCCACACCUCACGUCCUCGAAAUGGUGGAUAGGAUCUCUGGGCAAAGCGGCGAACCACGCAGUCGUGAUGGCUCAACUCAUCAUUGAUGGCAAAAAAUACGGCCCGCAUCCAUUUGUUGUCCAGAUUAGAGAUCUCAAGACUCAUGAGCCACUAGAGAAUAUUCACGUUGGCGAUAUUGGUCCCAAGUUCGGAUACAACACCAUGGACAAUGGCUUCCUCCUUCUCAAUCAUGUCAAGGUCCCACAUAUCAACAUGCUUGCUAGAUUCUCGCACAUCGACCCCGAAACAGGGAAAUACAAGCGCCCUGCGAACCCAUCGUUGAUCUAUGGUACUUUGACCUACGUACGUAGCACCAUUGUGCUUCAAUCAGGUUCAACCCUGGCUCGUGGUGUCACGAUUGCAACACGUUAUUGUGCUGUCCGUCGCCAAUUCCAGGAUUUGGAUGCCAAAGGCGAAGUGGGCGAGAACCAGGUAUUGAAUUAUACCAUGGUACAGGUUCGCCUUCUGCCUCUUCUGGCCGCAACAUACGCUCUCCACUUCACAGGCCGUGGAAUGCUGCAGCUCUACCAGGAGAACCAAAAACGAAUGGCAGCCGGUCGCGACGCUGGCAAGCUAAGCGACGCAAACCGAAGCCCCGGCCCAGAGGAGCUCAACCCUGGCACUGAUCUCUUGGCCGAUCUGCACGCAACAUCCUGUGCGCUCAAGGCUUACGGCAGCACUGUUGCUGGAGAGGGCCUAGAGGUGUGUCGCCGAGCCUGUGGUGGCCACGGUUACAGCUCCUUCUCGGGUAUCGGUACAUGGUAUGCUGACUACCUACCGACUCUUACCUGGGAAGGCGACAACUACAUGCUCACGCAGCAGGUGUGUCGAUACCUCCUCAAAUCCGCUCGUGCAGUCCUGUCCGGUAAGGGUACGGAGAACGACACCACACGCAUCCUCAAGGCAUAUCUCGAUCGCCGCGACACCGGCGCUGCUUUUGAUGUGCUCGCUUCCGACACAGACCUUGUCGAUGCAUACGCAUGGCGCGUCGCAUACUUGACCUUUGAGGCACUGCAGCACCGUGACGUUGAAAAGCGCUCCUGGAACAGUCUGCUCGUUGACUUCCACCGCCUUAGCACGGCGCACGCACAGUACAUGGUCGUCAAGUCUUUCCACGACGCUCUCGUGAACGAUAGCGCCACGCAGAGCUCGCUCGAUCGACAGACCGUGACCGUCCUGCACAAGCUCUUCCGUCUCUUCGCGCUGCACACGCUGGAGCGUGAGGCAUCCGAGUUCUUCUCCAGCAGCGCCACCACGGUGCGACAGAUCACACUUGCGCGGAAGGCCGUCAUGAAGCUGCUCGAGGAGAUCCGACCCCAUGCUGUACGGCUAGUGGAUGCAUGGAAGUUCUCGGACUGGCAGCUUGACUCAAGUUUGGGUCGAUAUGACGGAAAGGUAUACGAGGAUAUGUUCUACCGGGCCAGCGAGCUUAAUCCCUUAAACAACGUGGUAUUUGACCCGUAUCCCGACAGUCCUGUCUUGUUCAAGAAGGAUGAGAGAGUCAAGAGUAAGCUGUGAAAAGUACAGUGGCAACUGCGGCGCAACGUUUCCCACAUAGACUAGAUAUGUACCUUUAGCAACGAAUAGAAUUCAGCGUUUUGCAU